AUGCGUGUCUCCUCUCUCCGCGGCGCGGCUCUCGCCCUUGCCGCCCCGGCCGCCGCGGUCCUCAACGCGACAGAGACCUCCGACCGCCUCAUCGUCGCCAACGACCGCCUCUACGCCGCCGUCGCCAAGCCCGGCGGUUCCAUCGUCGAGCUCACCCUCGACGGUGUCAACCUCCUUGGCACCACGUCCGGCAGCACCGGCAAGGGCCCCUACCUUGACUGCUACUGCACGCCCGAGGGCUUCUGGACCCCGGGGAGCGUCAAGCCCACCUUCGAGCUCUUCUCGGGUGAGGACUCGGCCGGCAUCCCCUACGGAGGCGUCAAGAUGUCCGACACCUACGCUUCCACCGGGCAGGUCCUCGAACAGUACUGGUUCCUCCGCGAGGGCGAGAUGGGCCUGCACAUGUUCAGCCGGGUCGCCUACCACAACGAGGAGAAGCCCUUCCUCCGCAACCUGCAAGAGCUGCGCACGCUCUUCCGCCCCAACGACCCCAUGUGGACGCACCUCCUGACGAACCCGGCGCAGUACGCGCCCCUUCCCUCCGAGGACGCCGUCGCGGCGCAGGUCGUCGUCCAGGAUGCCACUUGGUACCUGGGCAACACCCCCGAGGACCCUUACGUCCAGCAGGAGGCCGACUGGUUCACAAAGUACACCUUCCAGGACACGUGGCGCGACAUUGAUGCCUACGGCAUGUACGCCGACGGCUCCAAGACGGCUGACGGCUCCGCCUACGGUGCCUGGAUGGUCUUCAAUACCCGCGACACCUACUUCGGCGGCCCGCUGCACUCGGACUUGACUGUCGACGGCAUCGUCUACAACUACAUCUCGUCCAACCACCACGGCAACCAGACCCCCAACAUCACAAACGGUUUCGACCGCACCUUUGGUCCGCAGUACUACCAUUUCAACAAGGGGCCCGCAGGCACUUCCAUCCACGACCUCCAUGCCGACGCCACUAGGCUCGCCGACCCGGAGUGGAACGCCGACUUUUACGACGACAUCGCCCACCUCGUCCCCGGCUACGUGCCCUCGACCAAGCGCACUACCUGGAAGCUGCACGUCGACCUGCCCCAGGGCGCCAGGAAGCCCAUCGCCGUGCUGGCCCAGAACGGCGUCGACUUUCAGGACAACGUCUUCGACACAGAGGCAUACCAAUACUGGUCCGACAUCGACGCCGGGGGCUACGCCACCAUCCCGUGCGUCAAAGAAGGCACCUACCGGCUCACCAUCUACGCCGACGGAAUCUUUGGCCAAUACGUCAAGGAUGACGUCCAAGUCGUCGCCGGCAAGGUGCAGACGACCCACGCGCGCUGGCGCGAGGAGACGGCCGGCAACGAGGUCUUCCGCAUCGGCACGCCGGACAAGUCGUCGGGAGAGUACCGCCACGGAUACGCCCGCGAUGAGACCAAGCUGCUAAGACCCGAAGAGUACCGCAUUUACUGGGCGCGCUACGACUUCCCCGACGAGUUCCCCGAGGGCGUGCGCUUCCGCGUCGGCGAGAGCGACCCAGCUAGAGAUCUCAACUACGUCCACUGGGCCGUCUUCGGCGGCAAGGGGAACUCGAAGCGCCCCGAAAUAUACCUCGGGGACGGCAACGUCAACAACUGGACGCUCGUCUUCGACCUCGAGGAGGCCCAGGUGCGCCAAAAGCGCUACGGCACCUUCACCGUCCAGCUCGCGGGCGCCAAGACGGCCGCCGGCAAUACAGAUAUCUUCAACGCCAGCGAGCCGUACUCCAAUCUCAGAUACACCGUCAGCGUCAACGGAAAGGACCUCGAGCCCUGGGUGAUCCCGUACCACCACAGCAGCUCGUGUGCCGUGCGGUCGGCGGUCAUCUGCUACAGCAUCGCCAAUAAGUUCGUCUUCGACUCUAAGAUGCUCAAGGCUGGCGAAAACGAGAUCGUGCUGAGCUUGCCGUAUGGCGCAAAGAACUACGAGAGCGCGGUACUGACGGAGGCCGUCUACGUGCAGUACGACGCUCUGCGGUUGGAGGUCAAGUAA